CUCGACCGGUUUUACUCUUUAGCGAACUCUAUCGUACUCACUUCGUUCAUACAUUGUGUAGAUACCGUAUAGAAUAUUUAACACGCUAUAAAAACGUUUGAGUUUGUUUAAUAAAUAAACUUGUUUAAUAUUAACGAAAAAUCAUCAUGAAGCUGAUUGAAAUAUUAGGUUGCACUUUAUUUUUAUGGAGCAUCCUGCUUGUAUCUACGACAAAAAGUGCCGUUAUACAGAGACAACAAAAAAAUUUUAAUGUUACGAAUCCAACAAUAAAAACCAAUGUUUCUACGUAUGACGAUGACGACGAGGAUUUCGUUCCUUAUCAAGGAGAACGUUUUAAUGUUUUUGACUGGAUGCUUUUUAAAACUAUGGGAACGAAAUAUUCUGGAAAUAUAUUAUUAUCACCGAUAUCUGUGAAAAUGGCAUUGGUUUUGCUUUACGAAGGAGCUCAGGAUCAAACAGCUCAUGAAUUAGCUGGAGUUAUGCAAUUACCGGCUAGUCGAUCAGCGACUCGCGAUAAGUUUUCUGAAAUCCUUCAAUCAUUAAGGAUGAUAUGUCCUCAGUACGAAUUGAAUAUCGGUACACGCAUUUAUGUCGAUACUUCCAUUUCUACGAGACAACGUUAUGCUGCAAUCGUGGAAACAUUUUAUGGGGUUAAUCUUAUAAAUGCAAAUUUGUCGGAUACUCGAACAAUUACCGAGAAAGUUAAUUCUUGGGUAAAAAAUGUGACACAUGGGAAUAUCGGUAAAUUGAUUGAAGAUGAAAACAAUUUGAAGGACUCGGUAAUGUUAGUGGUCAAUGCACUCUUUUUCAAGGGCACUUGGAGACGUCAAUUCUUCUCAUCUAAAAAUACUUACAUAGGGAAAUUUUUUACAAGCACAAACAAUAGCGUUGCUGUACCAUUCAUGUCUACAAUCAAUCGAUUCUAUUAUUCAGAAUCUCCAGAAUUGGACGCAAAGAUUCUCCGAAUACCGUAUGACGGUCAUAAAUUUGCUAUGUAUUUGGUACUACCAUAUACAUUAAACGGAGUAGAUCACCUGUUGAAAGAGAUUAAUCCUUUUAUAUUGACGAGACAUGUAUGGUUAAUGCAAGAUAUGCCGAUUGAAGUGAUCAUUCCAAAAUUUAAGUUCGACUUUACAAGCCAUUUGGAGCCUUCUCUUCGUGAGUUGGGUAUUCGAGAUAUAUUCGACGAUACUGCUACUUUGACGGGUAUAGCAAAGACAAAACGUAUUUCCCGGCACCUCAUCGUUUCGGAUAUCCUCCAAAAAACUGGUAUUGAAGUGAAUGAAAAUGGAACAACCGCUUAUGCAGCCACCGGUGUACAAAUCGGGAAUAAAAUUUCUGAUCAAACCUUCCACGCGGAUCAUCCAUUCGUUUUUUAUAUCGAGGACGAAUCGACAGGUACUAUUCUUUACAUUGGAAAAAUCAUGAAUCCUCUACAACGAGAAGGAAGUACAGGAAAUGUAAAUGUGGAUUUAUCAUCACGUUCGGGUCAAGGUACACGACCUUCUCUAUCAUCCACUUCCGAUAAUGUAUUUUCAAUACCCCAUGGCGAGGAACGAUAUAAUUUUUUCAACAUCGACUUAUUGCAGGAGGUGAAUAAAGAAAUCGAAGGGAAUGUAAUAAUGUCUCCUGCGAGUGCUAAAUUAGCUCUAACGACUCUCGCCGAAGGUGCUAAAGGACAAACUCUUCAAGAAAUACAGGCUGCAUUGAGAUUGCCUGAAAAUUUACAAGAUAUCAGGACUAUUGCUCAACGUACUUAUGCGGCCUUGAAAACUUUCAAAAAUGGCACGGAGAUUGAUGUAGCAACUCGAUUAUGGUCUAAAAGAGGUCUAAAAAUAAUGAAUAAUUAUGAUAUUAUUCUGAAACGAUAUUACGGUGGAGAUAUUCAACCUCUUGACUUUACAAAUGGAUAUAAUGCCGAAGAAACGAUCAAUAACUGGGUACGCGUUGCCACUCGUAACAACGUUAAGUCUAUCAUAGAGCCUGGUAGCCUUAAUGCGGAUACGACUUUAAUUUUGACGUCAGCAUUAUAUUUCAAAGGAAAAUGGUUGAAAUCAUUUGAUAGAAAUGCAGGAUUCACUGAUUGUUUCUAUGUUCCUAAAAUAGGUUGUCAAAAUACAAAUUUUAUGGCGACUACAGCAGAAUAUCCUUAUGGACACAUUGCAUCUUUGAAUGCAGAUGUAGUAGAGAUACCGUAUACUGAUGGAAAGACUGCAAUGAUAGUUUUAUUACCUAAUAAUCAUGAACUGGAUCCAAAUCUUCAAAUUCUAUCAAAGGAUUUAUCUUAUAUACCUAUGUCUGCCUUAAUCGCAAAUCUUUAUCCAACGGAAGUUAAUCUGAUACUUCCUAAGUUUUCUAUAGAAAAUAAACUUGAUCUCCGAUUUGCACUGGAACAUAUGGGAGUAAAUACUAUGUUUAAGACAAGCGCAGAUUUAUCCGGAAUUACAGAGGAUGGUCCUUUACACGUUAAAAGUAUUUUACAAAAUGCUAAAAUAGAAGUUGAUGAAGAAGGAACUAUUGCAUCUGCAGUAACAGGUCUUUCUAUAGUGCCAUUAAUGGGAUCAAAUAAAGAAACUUUUAGAGCUAAUCAUCCGUUCCUCUUUGCUAUAGUGGAUUUACAAACAAACUCAACUCUUUUUGCUGGUCGUUAUAUACGUCCUAAUUUAAGUAAUUGAAAUAUUAUUCAAUAAAAGAAAUAAUGUACUUUUAAUAUAUGUAUAAAUACUUCUU